ACGCCAAGGGAUGCUGCUGGAUGCAGAACGGCAGCCUGCCUGCAAGCGAGGUGUUCGCCCAGAGCAGCAGUGAUGUGUCAAAAGAGCAGCGCGUCUCACGGUCUGGGAGGCAUGUGGUUCGCCAGCAGGCUUCCAGCAGAGCGCUUUGCGGACGCUCUUCUCUUACGCGCAGGUCGCUCCAUCCUGCUCCAAAAUGCCACUCGCUUAGCCCAUCUGACGCACGCGGACUGAAAAAAACAAAAAACAAACAAACCAAAAAAUCAAGUCGUCCUUGAUUUGGGAACAGCUGCUAAAUCCACAAACAUGAACCUUGCGUUUUUGCCUAACAGACGGAGACUGGAAUAUUUAUACGGAGGACUGCUAUGGCUGCAUUUGGCAUUUUGGAUGGUGUCUUCAGCGGGCGGAGAAGAUGACUUCAGCGCCGAGGCUUGGUUGCAGAGGUAUGGCUACCUCCCCAAAACGGCACCCAACAUGGCCGUCCUGCGCUCAGCUCGGACAAUGCAGUCCGCCAUCACUGCCAUGCAGCACGUGUAUGGACUCAACGUGACAGGCACUUUAGACCAGAGCACCAUAGACUGGAUGAAGAAACCCAGAUGUGGAGUUCCGGACCAGAUGCAGAGUGGGACCGGGCUGCGGGCCCGAAAACGGCGCUAUGCGCUCACCGGCCAGAAGUGGCAGCGCACGCACAUCACAUACAGCAUAAAGAACGUGACACCUAAGGUGGGCGCACGUGAGACACACGAGGCUAUCAGGAGGGCCUUUGACGUCUGGCAGGGCGUCACGCCGCUGAACUUCGAGGCCGUUCCCUACAGCGCGCUUGAGAGCGGCAAGCGCGACGUGGACAUCACCAUCAUCUUCGCCUCUGGUUUCCAUGGUGACAGCUCCCCCUUUGAUGGAGAGGGAGGUUUCCUGGCCCACGCCUACUUCCCUGGGCCCGGGAUAGGGGGCGACACACACUUUGACUCAGAUGAACCCUGGACGCUGGGCAACCCUAACCAUGAUGGUGAGAGAACGGCAGGGAAUGACCUGUUCUUAGUGGCAGUACACGAACUAGGUCAUGCCCUGGGACUAGAACAUUCCAAUGACCCCACUGCUAUAAUGGCCCCCUUCUACCAGUAUAUGGACACAGAGAGCUUCAAGCUGCCUCACGAUGACCUACAGGGCAUCCAAAAAAUCUACGGUCCUCCAGACAAGAACCCUCAGCCCACCAGACUGCUUACAACAGUCCCGCCUCCACGCCUGCACCCACCAUCUGAUCCCCGGAAGCAUGAUCGCCAGAGCCGCCCUCAUCGCCCACCGCACCGGUCCAAGCCCACCCACCCCAACUCCAAGCCUAACAUCUGUGACGGGGGCUUCAACACGCUGGCCAUCCUCAGACAAGAGCUGUUUGUCUUCAAGGACCAGUGGUUCUGGAGGGUGCGAGAUAACUCAGUGAUGCCUGGCUACCCCAUGCAAAUCAGCAACUUUUGGAAGGGUCUGCCCCCCAAGAUUGAUGCAGUCUACGAGAACAGUGAAGGCAAGUUUGUCUUCUUCAAAGGCCACCGGUUCUGGGUGUUCAAGGACACCACCCUGCAGCCCACGUACCCCCAGGACAUCUCUCUGUUCGGUAGCGGCAUGCCCACUCAAAACAUUGAGACAGCCGUUUGGUGGGAGGACGUAGCCAAAACCUACUUCUUCAAAGGGGACAGGUACUGGAGGUACAAUGAGGACAUUAGGAGCAUGGACCCUGGUUACCCCAAACCCAUCACUAUUUGGAAAGGCAUUCCAGAUUCCCCCCAGGGUGCUUUUGUGGACAAAGCUAAUGGCUUUACGUAUUUCUACAAGGGGAAAGAGUACUGGAAGUUCAAUAACCGCAGGCUGCACGUGGAGGCCGGCUACCCCAGGUCCAUCCUGCGGGAUUUCAUGGGCUGCGACGGCCUCCCGUCAGACCCGGACUGGGACUGGAACCCUCCUCAAGAGGAAGAGCCCCCCAACUACGAGCAGGACGAUGUGGACAUCGUCCGCAAGCUGGAGGGCACAGGCGGCGCCGAGAAGGCAGUGGCCAUCGCCAUCCCCUGUGUGCUGGCCCUGUGCAUGAUGGUCCUGCUGCACACCGUCUUCCGUGUCAAGAGGAAGGACACCCAAAGGCACAUACUCUACUGCAAGCGCUCCAUGCAGGAAUGGGUCUGAAAAGGAGGAGGUCCACCCUCCCUCUCCACCCCAACAUUUUCUUGUCAUGUCUGACUUGUCACAGGACUCCUUGUCACAUCUGAAGCCUCCUUAGCUAAGAGGAGCAUACCGUUGCCUUUCUCCUGAGGGGAGGUGUUGAACAAGUCUCUCACCUUCGGGUGCAGAGAAGGGAGCUGGGGGAAGAUGCCGCGCCCACGUCCUCCUGGUUUUCGUCCAAGGAGGUGCUGUGUUGUUGUGUGUGUGAUGUCAGGCCUCCGGCGCCAGCUAUUCGAAGCCGUUUUGAGACUUCAGGACUUCUCUGUCUUUGUCAGAUCUCAGAGUAACUUUCAACAGUUCAUCGUCGGACGGAUGCUUUCAGACUAAAAUUAAGUCUCCCCUGGCUUCUUAUAUCAUUACCACAUAAAGCGUGGACCUUUCAGAAUACUGGAUUAUGUUAAAAAAAAAAAAAAAAACCUGCCACACGAACCAAAGUGUCCAAAGAGACUUGCUCUGCUCGUUUUUAGCAUUCUAAUCAACUUGCCCCACUGGUAUCCAUUUUAGCGUGAACUGACUUUGCGAUCAUUUUCAGGUUUUUAUGCUACAAAAACAUUCAUGGAAAUCAACCAGAAAUAACUGCUGUGGCAAUCUCCAACAAAGGGAUGUAGACUCUACCUGCAAUAUUCUGUUGAAUGCCUUAACCACACAUCUAUGGUAUUGCAACAGUAUACGUGUGCCUGUGUGAAUGCAGCUGUAUACAUGUAUAAAGACUGAGUCAGGGAUGCCUGCUAUCCAUGAUCUCCAAGCCUGUAUUUGAAAGGCUUUGAAACCACUAACCUAAGCAUAAUGACUGCAAAUGCGGGAUAGUGAGAAAGUGCUUCCAGGUUGAAUUUUGAAUUGAACUGUUCCCUAAGGAAAAUUCUAAAAGUUGUUGUCAUGCCGAGUAAUUCACAUAAUAUUCUGUAAUAUCAUGUAGAACAGACUGUCAGUAAUGUAGCCAUGUAGCCAGAUUGGACCCAUUAAAAUUAGAAUAGUGCAACAUGCACCACAUUUGAUCAGAUACUGCACUGAACUAAAGGAGUGUAUGCAGUUAGAAUACACCCACUGAAGUUAUGUUCCAUUCUGAUUUGUACGUGCCGCUAAAACUGUAAAAAAAAAAAAAAAAAAAAGUCAAACGGCAGUGUAAGGCUUAGAACACUGAUAAUCAUUUAUUGUGGUUUUUUUUAUAGGCGACAAUAUUUAACUGGUUUAAGGGGGAAACUGUAAAAAUUAGUCAAAGGAAAUAGUAAAACAACAAGCAAUUUGUGGUGUUCGGUAUAGCUCUUUCAAAUAUGUAGACCAGGUGAAGAGUGCAUUUACUAGUACGUUUUUUUCCCAGUAAUUUGGACUAUGAAAUGCAAUUUCCAUUCUGCAGAACUCACCGAUCUCUUACCGCAAGUAAUCCGACACUGUCGCACGCCUUGUUUUUCUAUCUUUCAGCCAUUCGC